AAAGACAUUUGUUCACAUGAAACAAGCAGGUUGCAUAUCCAGUGACGUUUAUACAAACCACUCAAAUUAUUUACUCUUUUCUUCAUAAGGAAAGGUUCAAGUUCUGGUCUCAUCCAAAAUGAGUGAGACAUCUUCCACUAGUUUCUCCAUGAUUCAUCUGCCUUCUUCUGAAGGUCAAAUUUCUUCUCAUCAUUCAAAUGUCACUCAUCCCGUAGUGGCUAAACGUAUCCGUUUUUAUAAGAGCGGAGACCCCCAGUUUGGUGGUGUUAGGGUGGCGGUCAACCCUCGUUCCUUUAAGACUUUUGACUCUCUGCUGGACAACUUAUCCAUGAAGGUGCCCCUGGUCUUUGGGGUGAGGAAUAUCAGCACGCCUCGUGGACGGCACAACAUCACCAGGCUGGAAGAGCUAGAGGAUGGCAAGUCUUACAUAUGCUCUCACAAUAAGAAGGUGAUUCCAGUUGACCUGGACAAGGCCCGCAGCCGCCCUCGACCCUGGCUCAGCAGUUGUUCUCUAAGCACACAUGUGCAGCUCCGCUCUGCUGCUGCUACCAUGUCCACCACAGCUCCCGGGAUGCUCCGCGUCCCAAGGAGGCUAGUGGUCUUCCGGAAUGGUGACCCAAAGACCAGGCGUGUGGUCCUUCUUAGCUGGAGGAUCACUCAGAGCUUCAAAGCCUUUCUACAGUACCUGACGGAGGCCAUGCAGUGUCCUGUGACCAAGCUGUAUACCACAGAUGGAAGAAAAGUUCCUAGUCUCCAGGCAGUGAUACUGAUCUCCGGAGCUGUGGUUGCAGCCGGAAGGGAGCCAUUUAAACCAGGGAAGUAUGACACCCCAAAAUACUUGCUUCCUGCCAAGUUACCAGGGAUCUCUCAUCGUGUGCAUCAGAACAGAAAAGCCAAGAUAAAAGAAAGAAAGAUGAGCACACAUACUUCUUCAGUCGUAAGACCCCAGACGGAUUCCCUGGCCUCAGAGAAAAUAUAUGAUUGCUUUUCAGACUUUUCUGUAGCCCCUGAGAAUUACUUGACCUUAGAAAAACAUGAUUCUCAGACUCUAUCAACAUAUCCUUCUGAAGAUGGUGUUGAAAAAUCGAUUGUAUUUAAUCAAGAUGGUACUAUGACGGUCGUGAUGAAAGUUCGAUUCAAGAUAAAAGAAGAAGAAACUAUUAAGUGGACAACCACUGUCAAUAGAGCCGGUCUUUCUAAUAAUGAUGAAAAGAGUAAGAUAAGUAGUUACCCUGGAAAAACAAAUAAUCGAUCAUCUAGUUUACAGCUUGCAGCAUGUUCAAUGUCUGAAGACAUCACAGACAUCACUCAGCAGGGAAGUUUGACAGAGGAAGAAAAUACUCAGAUGACAGAGCAGCAGGGUCUGUUGUAUAGCUCUGCUGGUUGGGAGAAUGCCUCUGUGGAGACAGACAUUCGGGGAAGCCAGAAAAAAGUGAAACACUUUUAUAGACCCCCAACCCCUGGACCAAGGAGAAUGAGACAAAAGAAAUCUGUGAUAGGGACUGUCACUGUAGUAUCUGAAACAGAGGUUCAAGAAAAGCAGUUUUCCUAUAGUAAAGAAAGAGAGGGUAGAGAAAAAUCUGAGUACCACAUGUUUACACAUUCUUGCAGUAAAAUGUCAUCAGUAUCUAAUAAACUUGUUCAGAUCAGUAGCAAUGAUGAGAUGGAGUCAGCAUUAGAAAGAACAAAGGAAAGUGGACUGCUCAAGUCACAUGCCAUAAAUGCUGGUGCUAUAGAAAUGACAAGUCAGAAGGUCUUAAAGAUGUGCCAUAAUAAUGCUUUAGCAUCAACUGUAUCAGAGAACUCAGUUGUGGAAGAAGGCAGAGAUGACAGUGCAGUAUCAAGCAAAGGCACUAUCAAGCACUUCAGAACUUGUGGUAAUGCCAGUGACAGCUUCAGUUCUACUACAGCAGAUACAACUCUUACCUCAGGUAACAGCUGUCCAAAUGACAAAAUUAUUUCUAAGGUUCCUUCUGUAGGAUCUCCUGUGCUCACCACAAGACUUGUUCAUGAAUUUGCUCAUUGUGGUUUAACAGAACAUCCAGAAAAUGGAAAGCAGGUUUCAUCCUCUUUUGCCAGCAAAAAGCAGAAGAAAUCUCAGCAGCGAAAAAUAGCUUCCAAGGAUAAAAAAAAAGUCAUUGAAACCAAAGGAACCCCUAAUAAAGUUGGAAAAAUACACAGAGCAGAAACAACUGCAUGGGAAACAUUAUUGCAAGAUCCAGACUGUCCUGAUAAGGGGGGAAAAGUUUGUGAGGAGGGCCUUGUUACAAGUCCUACAGUAAUUAAAUUCAAUGAUUUCUUUCCCAAAAGUAAUUUCAAAUUUUCCAAGAAUUUCAAGAAAAAUAAAUUAAAUACUUUUCAAAAUCCCAAGACUCAAAAACUUUUAGCCAAAAGAAAAUCAAGACCACUAAAGAUUAUAAGCAUAGGGGGACUCAGAAAACAAGAAAUUGGUCAAGAAGAUAAAGUAUUUCUUCAUAAUGAAUCUAAAUGCUGUGAAAGUAAUUUGGAAAAACAAAGUCUACGUCACGUAUUUAAUAUCCUUGAGGAAGACCAGAAAGCUUUGCAUAGACCACAAUCCCAAGUGGAGAAAGUAACUGGAAACUUGAAAGGAAUGAUGAAAAAGAGUUGUGUCACGAAAGUUAAUGAUUUGCACAUAACUUUGAGAAACCAGAAAAAACAAAAGGGAGUUAAAUUAAAGUCAGGUGCUACAGUAAGGGAACAGCACCUUACAACCCGGGAAGAUCCAUUAGCUUCUUUGAAAAAAACUGAUUUUCCUGAGGGUGUUCCCCGUCAUUCAGUUAAGAGCUAUGUACAGCGAUGGUUGCAGAACAUAAACCCAUAUCCAGAUUUUGAUUACAGCAAGUCAGCUUCACUAUGCCAAAAUAGAAGCAAUGUGAUAAAUUAUAGCAGUAAUGGUUUCCCAGAAAAUAAUCUUCAUACAACUUCUUCAAAAGGAAAUAGUUUGUUAAUGGAGAGUAAUGAGCACAGAACUAAAAAUGCCGAUUGGACAGGCAAUAAGAACCAAGAGACAGAUAAAUCUUUUGUUGCUAAAGAUAAUGGUGAAGAUAAUAAACAUCCCUGUGAGAGCCAGGAUGGGUCUCUGAAUGAUUCUUACUUGGUUUCUUUGCAUGAAAAUUGUAUGUUGUCACAGACCAGUAUUAACGAUCCUAGUACUAAAACUCAGUUAUCUACCGAAAAGUCAAGGCCAGAAGUGAAGCUUGUUUACCAAGAAAUGAACUUUGCUACAAAAGGUCAAAGUAUUGAGGUUGCCAUUCAGGUAGAUACUAUGGGAGAGAAUGUUUCAAAAGACUACUUACCAUCCCUGUUGCUUCGAUACCUUGAAACUUUUGUUCCUCAUAAUCAGAAACACCAGAAUGGAAUUUCUCAAGUACCAGGUUCAUUAGCAGAGGUUGUCUUCCCUUCUGCAAUAUAUAAUUCAUCUACAAAUCUCCUUCUGGCUUGGCUUUUGGUACUAAAUCUAAAGAGAAAUGUGAAUAGCUUCUGUCAAAGUGAUGCUUAUAAGAUGACCAGCAGAUCUUCGGAAACAGCUGCACUGUUGGAAGUUCUGAAGCAUGUUGCCAUCACAGAGGAAGCUGAUGACUUGAAGGCUGCUGUUGCCAACUUAGUGGAAUCAACCAAAACUUGCAGUGGACCCAGUGAGAGAGAACAUGAUAUGGUACCAGCAAAUUGUACAGCAGCCAGCCUUCACAGUGUGGACAAGUGUAAUGAAAAUGAGAGUACUCAGAAGACUGUCUUGGAUGAAAGCUACUCUGUCAGGGGGGACUGUGUUUCAGAAAUGGUUAGCAAGUCACAUAAAUCUCCAUGUGAGAUGCACACUGUGAGCAUGACUCAUCUUCCAAAAGAGGUAGCUAACCAGAGUAAUGCCCUUUUCACUAGUUCUACUAUGAGUCAGUGCUCCAUGCAUGAUGCUUCUUUCCUAGGAGAGACCUGCUUCCUGGCAGAUGGUGUGUGCUCCCAUAAGACUUGUGCUCAGAAGAAGAACAUCUAUGAGGCAACUUACCCAAGUGAUGAGACUCACAUUCCCAUCAGAGAGUGCAAUGCAAUUGACUCUGUGAAUUCAAAAGAAAACAAAUGCACUGAUGAUCUGGAAUUAACUGAAGAACUCAAAACUGAUGACAAAAGUCCAAAAGAUCUAAGUAUUUUGGCAGAUUCUACUUAUAAAAAUGACUCUAACAUAUCAAGCUCAUCUCAAAAUGUCAAUAAAUUAAGUUCCCCAGGUAUUUUCCUAAGUAAAACUUAUCUAGAAUCUGAUAAGGACUAUAGUCCUCUAGAAAAAUUGCAAAAUGUCCCACUUAAGAAUAUUGUGAAUCAAAAAAAAUCUAUUUCUUCUGAUAAGGAAGAAUCAAAGAGUACUUCUGAAGAACCAAGGUCAAUAACCAAUAGUGUGACAUCAAGUGAAAGAAAUACCAUUUCAGAGUUAGAAUCUUUUGAAGAAUUAGAAAGCCAAGACACAGGCAUCUUCAGUGUGAAGGUAAGGGAUGAAGACAAAGCUACCAAGGAAUCAGUGCAAAAAGAAUCAGAGGCUAGGAUGAGUGUGGAAUUGAUAAACAUAUCAGGGAGAAAUAUUAUAGAACAGGAAAGAAGAAAUACUGAGAUUCUGGAGACAACUGGUAGGGGGCAUGUGACACCGCCAUCUUUAGUUUUUUGCUAUGAUUCUAAUAAAAACACUGAAAAAGAGAUCACUGUAGGAGAAACUAAGAUGAGAGUUAAGACAAUGGCUGACAGCAUGGAAGAUGAAAGUUACAUGGAAUCCUCACUUAAUUUUAAAAAACAUCACAGAAGUCCAGGGGCCUUAGACUGGUCAGAUUAUGGAUCAGACAGUGAGAGUGGAUAUUCUUGUAAAACAUCCAGCAAUGAUCACAAUGAUGACAUCAGCCAAGAGAGAGAGUAUCCUAGAGGAAUUGUUAAGAGGGCAAUAGAAAAGCUUUAUGGCAAAGCAGAGAUUAUCAAACCACCAUUUUUUCAUGGGUCUAUACACAAAUCUCAAGUUUGUCCUUAUAAUCCUGUGGAUGUUCAGUUUGCUGAGAAAACCAAUUUUUAUGAGUCUGAAUGUCAGUCUUUGGUCUCUUCUGAACAGGUAUCUAGAAGUUCAUUCAUGCUACAGGAAUUCCAGGAGGAAAGACAAGCUGAGAUUGAUUUUAAUGACACUGGAGACAGUUUUGGGAACAAUAGCAUAGAAAGGGUUACAAAAUCAAGUGAGUGUGACAGGGUUUUUAUGGAAAAAGAGAAGGGAAAACUGAUUGACAAUGGCAAAUGGCUCCUGAGAGAAAAUCAUUUGUGGAGGGUAUCAUCGGACAAUCCUGGCAUGUACAGCAAUGCAGACACCACAUCAGUAGAUACUCUAAUCAGUAAGAACAGCAUUGAGGUGCCAUAUUCACAUUUCAGAGAGUUGGCUCCUGGCCCAACAAUGGCUGAACUGUACUCCUCAGAACUAGAGGAAAUGACUCAACCCCUUGAAGCGAAAUGCAAUUAUUAUUUCCCUCAUGGUAGUGACUCUGAACUUUUUGGCGAAGAUUUUCUAGAUGCGCAGAAAAAAACUUGUCCCACAGAGAAAAUACCCAAUCACCACAAAGAGGAGAAGGGUAAUAAUCCAUCUGAAAGAAUGUGUACAUCUGUUACUCAAGCUUUUGCUUCUGCUGGUAAUAAAGUCCACCCUGUCUGCGGUGAUGCUAUUAAAGCUCAGCCAUUACCUGGAAGUGGUAUAACUCAUGGUGCAGUUCAGGAAGGUGACUCUUUGGAUAAGCUCUAUGCUCUUUGUGGGCAACAUUGUCCAAUACUAACUGUUAUUAUUCAACCUGGAAAUGAGGAAGACCGAGGAUUUGCUUAUCGCAAAGAUUCUGAUAUUGAAAAUUUUUUGGGUCUUCAGUUAUGGAUGAAAAUAUACCCAUUUCUGCUACAGUCAAAGAAAAACAUGUUCAGAAGUGAGAGCAGGAAAGUGAGUGUGGGCAAAGAAUUUACUGAUAAUGCCAUUGGUGAUCUGUGUGAUCAACUUUAUUUCAAAAGCAUGAUUGACUUGGUAGAUAAAAGAGCUAACUCUUUGGGGAAGAAAAUUAAUUUGAAGAAAUUCCAAUUAUAUUUAAAGAAAAAGGUAUCAGAUCUUUUGUCCAUGUUAUUGCUAGUGGUGUGGGAUAUGGAUUUGGUUUCACUAACCCCUAGCAAUUGGACAGAUAACUUCAAAAGUGUUGAUGAGAAUAACAACUUCAUUAACAAAUUCCAGAACUCAAGAAAAAAUUCCAUCCAAGUAGUAAGAGAAAACACCAGUUGCCAGCUGGAACUGUUUGGUCAAGUUUACUUGUUAGAUAUUUGCCAAGUUGAGAAACCCUUAAAUAUCAAAACCAGAAGUAAACUAUAUAUAUAUAUUUUAGAGGAUGAAGUUCUUUUCACCUGGGAAGAAGAAAAUCAAUUAAAUAUAAUAAAUACUGAAAGCCCUAAUGAGCAGAAUGAUUUAUAAUUUCAGUAUUAGCAUAAUCAUUAUCCAUCAAUAUGUUUUUCCCAUAAAAAGAUGCAGUACAUAGGAUAGAAUUUAAGCUAGAUUCUCUAAGAAUUUUUUCUCUUUCAAAAUGAGAAUACCCUGGAAAACAUAUUCUUGGAUAAAAUAGAUUUGGUUUUCUUCAUUGGCUUUGUUCCUCAUUUUCCUAGUAAUUAAAGUUUUAUAUAGUUUCAUUUUAAACAUAUAUAAUUUUGUAUAACUAUGUCUUUAAUUGAUCAGGAUAUCAGAAAUAUGGCCAGGACAAGAAAUAAUGUCCUUAAAAUAUUGUCAACUACAUAUAUGAUAUAUUGAAUAUGUUCAUGAAUAAAUGUAACUUUAAAUAAUUUCAUUUAUUAAUUUAAAUGCUGAUUGAAUAAAAAGUAUUAAUGAA